AAGGUGCUGAAUUAGACUCGAGUUUGUUAGAUUUAUUGACAGCUCAUACUUUAAAGGAUUCUGAAUCUGAAAAUGUUGACAAUGUGAAUUUUAUAACUGCUGAAGAAGUUCAUGGUCUUACACGUGACAUUGUCAUGGGCGGUACAGAUGUGAUGCCUAGUGCAACAAGUUUUUUACUAUACUCUAUUGUGAAAAAUUCAAAAGUUCUUGCCAAGAUUCAUAAAGAAAUCGAUGAAGUUUUUGGUCCUAAUUCAACUAUUGAACUCACCUUUGAAAAACUCGAAAAUUGUCAUUAUAUCGAAGCAGUGGUUAAAGAAACAUUGCGUCAUGCUACCUUGCUUCCAAUGUCUGUAAUAAUUUCCGAUGAAGAAGAAAAUAUUGCUGGAUAUAACUGGCCAAGUGGAACUAAAAUUUGGUUGGAUCAUCAAACUCUUAAUAAUAAUUCUGAAUAUUGGGAUGAUCCAGAAACUUUUAAUCCUGAUAGAUUUUUAAGUAAAGAUAAAAUUUCGGAAUUACAAAAGAUUGCUUAUAAUCCGUUCGGUUGUGGAACCAGAACUUGUGUUGGAAGAUUAAUGGCAUUAAAUAUGAUGAAAUCUAUUGUUGUUCUAUUCUUUAGCAAGUAUAAUAUGGAAUUAGUUAAAAGUAAUGAAAAGAUAAAGUAUCAUUAUU